AUGGAUUUUAAUCCAUUCCGCGAGUCUGCAAAUUUUGUUGACUUACUAAACAGUCAACAAAACGUGGUCUUCGGAAACGUGACAGAUAGUGUUUCACUCUCUCCCUCCCAAGCUUCCUUCUUUGGCAGUCAAGGCCCCGAAGAUUCAAACUUUGCUGAUGACACUCAAGCCAGUCGUAAAGAAAGAAGAGCCUGGAUGCCUACUGACGAUGUUGUUCUCAUCAGCUCGUGGUUAAACACGAACAAAGAUGUCGUAGUAGGGAUUGAGCAAAAGUCGCUUGCAUUCUGGAAAAGAAUUGCGGCGUACUACAAUGCCAAUCCUAAGCUUGCUGGCUCUGAAAAUAGAGAGGCAACUCACUGCAAGAAUCGUUGGCAGAAGAUCAAUGACAUCUUUACCCUCGAGCACGCUUGGAAAGAGUUACGUAAUGACCAAAAGUGGUGUGAGUUGUCUACGGCUAAAGCUGAGGGAAGCUCUAAAAAGAGGAAGAGUGUGGAUGUUUCUCAGUCUGCAAGCUCUAAAGCAACUGAAGUAGAUUCUGGUGGCGAUGAUGAAGCAACAACUCGUCCCCCGGGAGUUAAGGCAGCAAAAGCGCGUUCUAGGAAGCCACAGGUUGAUGGAAAGGAGCUGGCUGAGUUUCAGACAAUGUGGAGCAUGAAGAAGGAGGAUUUGGCUUUGAAAGAAAGGUUGUCUAAGAUCAAGCUACUAGACACUCUCAUUGCUAGACAAGGAACACUCGCGGAUUAUGAAGAAGAUUUGAAGAAGAGACUCAUUAAUGAGUUGAUGCCUAAUUAG